AUCGUCUGUUGUAGUAGUGUCUAGAAGAUAAAUUCGUUGAGUGUAUAAUUAAAAAUAUUCGGAUUCUCACGAUCUUUCUCACUGUAAUAUUUAUAAACGCAUGAAGAAAAACAUGGAAACUCACGAUAAUCAGCCCAUGAUGGAAAGUGAAAAUGGAUUUGUUUGGCAAGAUUAUCUUGAUGCUACAAAAAGUGUUGAAGUACCACAAAUUAUGUUUCCACAUGUUGAAUUAACAUUGGAAAGUGGUAUUGAUAUUGGAAUGUCGUUAGAAGUACCAAGAAAAGAAGUUACAGAUAAAUCUAAUACAACUUAUUGGGUUGCUACUAUUGUUAUGGCUUGUGGGCCAUUAUUAAGAUUACGAUAUUUUGGUGGAGAUGAUAGAACAUUAGAAUUUUGGUUUAAUCUUACCAAAGAAGCUGGUCAUGAGCUUGGUUGGUGUCAAGCUAAUAAUAAAAUAUUAGAGCCACCUGACAUUGUACUUCAAAAGUCACCAGAUUGCGUUGACAAAUUAUCGGAAUUUUUAACAACUGCACGUACUGUACCACCACAACUUUUAUCUGGGGAUGAUCUUAGCAUGAUAGAAAAAAUUAAACAAGGAAUGAAAGUAGAAGUAAGUGAUGUGGUACAUCCUUACAAAUUAUGGGUAGCUACGAUUAUUGAAAACGUUGGUGGACGUCUUUUGUUGAGAUAUGAUACACCUGGUUCAUCGUUCAAAGAUUUUUGGAUAUUUUGUACAUCAGAACAUUUACAUCAAUAUGGAUUUGCAUCGAAAUCAGAUACAACUUGGUUUUUGCAACCACCUAGUUCUAUAAUAGAUAGACAUACUUAUGAAGAAUGGAAAGAUUCACUCGAAUCUAAUCCAAAAAACUGUGAUAUACCAGAAGAUUUAUUUACUAAUAAUAUCGAUCAUCCUAAACAUCAUUUUAAAGUUGGAAUGAAAUUGGAAGCAUUGGAUCCAAUUAAUCAGACUAAAAUCUAUCCAGCUACUGUUAUUAAAGUAUUCGAUGACAUAUAUUUUUUAGUCCAUAUAGAUAAAUAUGAUAAAUAUGUAAAUGGUACUGAUAUUGAAACUUGUUUGUACAAUCAUUCAGAAAAUAAUACAUGGCUUUGUACAGCAGAACAUCCAUACAUAUUUCCAAUUGGUUGGUCCACAAAGCAUGGUAUUAAAAUUACAAAACCAGAAGGUUGGAAUUCAAUUAACGAAGAGUUCGAUUGGAACGAAUAUUUGCAAAAUACAGAAAGUAUACAGGCAGAUGAGAGUUUAUUUUACGAUAGAUUAAAUGCAAUAGAUGCAGGUUUUGAAUGUGGCAUGCGUUUAGAAGCUGUUGAUCCAGAAUAUAAAAAUAUCAUCUGUGCUGCUCAUAUUACCAAAAUAAUUCAGAAUUUAUUAUGGAUAAAAUUAGAUAAUUAUGACGAUAGUAAACCAGAACACAUAGUUCAUAUGAACUCUUUGGAAAUAUUUCCAGUUGGUUGGUGCGAAUCUAAUCAUUAUCCAUUAAAACCACCUAAGGAUUAUAUAGAAAUUUGUAAAAAAGUACAACCUCCAAUUGGAUUAGAAAAGAAAAAUAAUAUCAUAGAUAUACCAAUUUCAGAACCACGAUCAUCCUUGUGGUGUCCUAAAAUAUAUUUUAAUUAUCGUUGUUUUACCGGACCAAUGAUUUCUAAAGGAAAAUUAGCUACUCUGCCAAAAUCAGUAGGACCCGGUCCUGUAAAUUUAGUAAUGAAAGAAGUUUUAACCAUGAUAGUGUCAGUUGGAUACAGAAGUGCAAGAAUUUUAAAGGUAUUACAAUGCGACACUAAACCAGAUCCUGGAUAUCAUUUGCAAGUAUUAAAAGCAAAACAUAAAAAUAAUAAUUAUCUUGCCCAAGUUGCUAUAGUUAAUUCUGGAGAAAAGGUAGCACAAUUUUGUAGGAAUAUUUGUAAAAAAUUAAUGGUAUGUCCUAAUUUAUUUGGACCAUUGCACGUAUUAGAAAACGAAUGUCCAGACAAAUGUCAUAAAACAUCAAAAACUAAAUUCACAGCAUCAGUUGGAACAGGAAAACGAGGCAAACCAAAAGGUUAUACAAGUAUAAUGGUUCAAAAACCAAAGCAAUGGGGUAGUAAACGUAGGAGAAAACGUGGCAGAUGGGCUAACAAGGACAAAAGAAUAAAUUGUGAAUUCGAAGAUGAGAUGCCAUUUAUGCCAUUGGAUUUAGCAAAGCAUGCAUCAUCAGAAGGAGCUCCUCCUGAAGAAACAACAUUCGAUAAUAAUAGACAACCACUUUCGGAAAUAGAUAUUAUGAUACAAAAAAGUUUUGAAAAAUCUGACAAAUCAGAUGAUUUCAAAACUGAACCUCCAUCUAGUAACAUUUCUGAGGAUUCUGGAAGCUCAUUUAAUGAUAGAAAAGUGAAAGAUAAUGGAAAUGGUAGUCCUAACAGUAUGAGUACCAAACAUCAUUUUACAAGAUUCAGUCAAAACGUGACAACAACUCGAGGAAGUAAAAGAAUACGUGAUUGGGAUACAAGUAUAGAAUCUGAUUGUUCUGAAGCUGAUGCUGAAUAUGUGAGAAGACAAAAAAAACAGAGAAGACCGAAAACACGAAAGCUCAGUUCAAAUCCUUUAUUUUGGACGACUGAUGAUGUUUUUCAAUAUCUACGAAAAACAAGCGACUGCAAGGAUAUCGCUUAUCGCGUUAAACAAGAAGAAAUAGAUGGUCUCGCCUUUUUAUUGUUAAACUUGCCAUCUUUAACGCAACAUAUGAAAUUACGAACAAGUUUAGCCAUGAAGCUUUGUCGUCAUGUAGAACAAGUCAAAGUAACAUACUUUUUACGUCACAUUAAUGAAAAUGAACAUUAAUCCAUAGGAUAAUUUUUUUAAUUUUUUUUUUUUUUU